AAAGGGGCUGGGUUACCAUACAGUAGAUUCCGUUGAUUUCAUGAGAGUGGAUGUGUUGUUAAGGUUAUCGAAGAUUUGCAUAAACAACGCGUUUCGGUGAAUUAUUCGACUAGGUAGCUCGUUAGUUGCUACUUUUCUGAUCGAGUCGCUUAGAAAAAGGCGACUUGAUUUAGCUAACACGAGCCUCUUUGUAAAAUCAGGUCGAAAGGGAUGCCGCUGCAGACAGACUCCGACGGACGCCAACAGUCUUUGGAUUUAAUCUCAUCGCAUUUAAUCGGGAAGAGCAGUUUUCCAAUACAUUUAAAAGGCCUCAGAAUAACACAUUCUCGACCGAGUGCUUUUGUAAGAUGUUUAAGAUCGAGUGCGAAUUAAUAGCGCAGCUGAGAAGUAAAAGCGUUAAUAAUUAGUAAGCUAACCGCUAGCUAACGUUAGCUUGUCAUCAACAAAGCGGGGGUCGUAAUCUUUUGCUUUAGAGUAACCAGUUCGGUUAACGAGUGUUUCCACGGUUUGACUUUUGAACCCGCUGUUUCCUGCCUGUGCUGAAAAUAUUGCUCGACAGCAAUGAAACUUUUGGAAAGCUCCAGCUUUGAAGCCCUCAGCUCCCGGCUGUGUGUUGAAACAGGAGAGUCUCGCAUCCUUGGCAGGAUGGAGAGCUACUCCUGUAAGAUGGCAGGUGACGAUAAACAUAUGUUCAAGCAGUUCUGCCAGGAAGGGGAGCCGCAUGUCCUGGAGGCCCUCUCUCCCCCGCAGUCCACCAGCGCCACCAGCCCUUCACAGCUGGGGAAGAGCAGUGAGGACGGGGAGAACCCCCUGAGUGACAAGUGUUGCAGGAAGACUCUUUUCUACCUCAUCACCACGCUCAACGAGUCCUUCCGGCCGGACUAUGACUUUAGCGCCGCACGGGCCCACGAGUUCAGCCGAGAGCCCAGCCUCAACUGGGUGGCUAAUGCAGUAAACAGCAGCUUGUUCUCAGCUGUGGGAGAGGAGUUCAACUCUCUGGGGCCGGAGCUGUGGAACGCCAUCGAUCAAGAGAUCAACCUGCAGAGCUGUGACAUUUACAGCUACAACCCUGAUCUGGACUCAGACCCUUUUGGUGAAGAGGGGAGCCUCUGGUCCUUCAACUAUUUCUUCUACAACAAGAAACUCAAGAGGAUUGUAUUCUUCACAUGUCGCUCUGUCAGCGUCUUGAGUGGGUAUGGCCGGGAUUGUCUUGACAAUGAGCUGGACAUGGAGCUGGAUGAUGAAGAGGAAAUGGACGGCUUCACUGAGGACAGGUUUCCCAGAGCUCUGUGCGUGUGAAUUUUCCUGAUGGACACGCCUCGGCCAAAGAAUAUCUAGGCUUUCCUCUUCCCAUUUUCGCCCCAUGCACCUUUUUUAUUUAAUUUUAAUUACUUUUUUUUUUUUUGAUUUUGCUGCCUCAUCCAAAGCCAUUUUCAUGCUUUAGACUAAUGCAUGUUUGAAGCCUUCUCUUCUGCUGGCAGUGAACUGUGUAUUGUGAGCUGGUGGACAUCUUUUAAAGACCCUGCGGUAACUUUAAAACUCGUUCUUUCUCCAGUGUGGAUUUUGGCAGCUCCAACCCCAAAUGGCAAACAUAUAUAUAUAUAUAUAUAUAUAUAUAUAU